AUGAGUGGGAUGGUAUGGAAGGUAUGGAAGGUAGAUGCUGAUGAUGCUGAUGUUGAUGUUGAUGUUGAUGCUGGUGUUGAUGUUGAUGCUGGUGUUGAUGCUGAUGUUGAUGCUGAUGAUGAUGAUGAUAUUGAUGAUGAUAUUGAUGAUGAUAUUGAUGAUGAUAUUGAUGAUGAUAUUGAUGCUGCUGAUGAUGAUGAUAUUGAUGAUGAUAUUGAUGUUAAUAUCGAUACUGAUUUUGAUAUUGAUGUUGAUGCUGAUGAUGAUAUUGAUAUUGAUAAUGAUAUUGAUGUUAAUAUCGAUGUUGGUAUUGAUGCUGAUAUUGAUGUUGAUAUUGAUAUUGAUUUCAUAUCAAGUCUCUUCUUUGUGAUGAUAUAUCAACCUACCUAUCUAUACGACAUACUUUUGAUUCACGUCGCGUCGUCUGAUAUAAGGCUUCAUUGUCAGAGUUACCGUUGUUGUAAGACCGUUGCGAAGUCUAUCCCAAAUUCAAAUACCAUCUGUCCUCUUUCAUUGGAUGGCGAUGAUGUUCUAGAGUAG